AUGUUCGGUGGCCAUCACCGCGCAGCCCCGACGCCCGUCGGCGCUGCGCCAUGUGGCGCGCCGGCGGGCAACACGCUCAUCUAUCAGUGCUGCCCCCGCCCGGGCCGGCCGUCCGCGGGCGCGAAGGAAACCCUCGGUCGCCGGCGGCGGCACCGGGCGUUCCGCCGCCGCCCGCGCGCCGUGCGCCCGCUGCUGCACCCGCUCCUCCUCUCCUCUCGCAGCGGCCCACGUAGCGAUCCCCUGCAGGAGCCGCGCCGUGCCGCGGCACCCGCGAAAGCAGGCGCGGCGCGGCUCGCCCUCCCCAGCCCCGUGCCGCCGAGGCCCUGUCCCGCCUACAGGCGCUGUUCUGCGGAGGCACCGUUCCGCCGAGGCCCUGUUCCGCCGAGGCCCUGCUCCGCCAGUGGCCUCUGA